CGCACGCUACUCCAUGAUGACAUCUCACUCCUCCAGGAUCUCCCGAUAAAAAACUUCUCUUUCCCGUCUCGCCAUCCCCGUGACCGAAUCCACGAGCCGCCACCGCCAGUCGCUCUCUCUCUCUCUCUGGUGGGCGGCCGGGGAGAUGCGCCCCUAUAAAGCCCCCCGCCCCUCCGCCUCCCUGCUCCCGCCACUGACCGCCUGACCCGGCCCCCAUUCCGCCGCCUGGGCUCCCGCUGGCCCGCGGCGCGACGAGAUGGCCGUCUGCUCCGGGGGGCUCGUGGCGCCGCCCUUCGAUCUGUCCGCCAUUCGGGCGGGGGCGGGGCCAUGGCCGCGCCCCGCGCGUGGCCCCGCGCGCGCGAUCCGCUGCUGCUGCUACGCCCGCCCGGACCCCACGCCGCCGCGGAGGCUGCUGCUGCUCUCCGCCAAGGCGUCCGCCGCGGCCUCGCCGGAGCGCGUCCACGGGAGCAAGCCCAUUGCCCGGGGACGCCGCCGCGUCGGCCUCACCGUCACGCCAUCGCUCCCGUUCCCCUCCUCCCGUUCUAGAAGGCAGCCCAAGCAGAAUGAUUUCUAUCCGCGGUGCACGCCGAGAGGGCCGGCUCCCCAGUCCCGCGACACCCCGCCCAAGAGAGACACUGGUAUUGCUAGUGAGAAGGAGUGGGGAAUCAACCUGCUGGAUGAAGCAGUCAAGGAAUCUGGCACAAAUGAAGAUGGAAGCACCUGGUACAGAGAGAGCGGCGAAGAUCUCGGUGAGAAUGGGUACCGUUGCCGCUGGGCUAGGAUGGGGGGACAGACUCAUGAUGGUUCCACUGAAUGGAAAGAGACUUGGUGGGAGAAAAGUGACUGGACUGGAUACAAAGAGCUAGGUGCUGAGAAAUCUGGGAAGAAUGCUGAGGGUGACUCUUGGUGGGAAAAGUGGAAAGAAGUUCUGCACCAAGACGAAUGGAGCAAUCUUGCAAGACUUGAGAAGAGCGCAGAGAAGCAAGCCAAAUCAGGGACAGAAAAUGCUGGGUGGUAUGAAAAAUGGUGGGAGAAAUAUGAUGCCAAGGGCUGGACAGAAAAAGGUGCGCAUAAAUAUGGAAGGUUAAAUGAGCAGUCCUGGUGGGAGAGAUGGGGUGAACAUUACGAUGGUCGUGGCUCUGUAUUGAAAUGGACAGAUAAGUGGGCAGAGACAGACUUAGGCACCAGAUGGGGAGAUAAAUGGGAAGAGAAAUUCUUUGCCGGAAUUGGUUCACGACAAGGGGAGACAUGGCAUGCUUCUCCUGGCGGUGACCGCUGGUCAAGGACUUGGGGAGAAGAGCACUUCGGCAAUGGGAAAGUUCAUAAGUACGGGAAGAGCACAACCGGCGAGAGCUGGGAUUUAGUCGUAGACGAGGAGACGUACUACGAGGCGGACCCUCACUACGGGUGGGCCGACGUCGUCGGGGACUCGUCGCAGCUGCUGUCGAUACAGCCGGUGGAGAGGCCGCCCGGGGUGUUCCCGACCAUCGACUUCAGCUCCUCACCCCCGCGCACGGAGGAGCCACCCGGCAUGCCGCCUUCGUCCCUGGAGUGGAGCCCACACAUCACAUACGACCAUUUAAGCCGGGCCUCCCGCGAGCAAAGCUGCCGAGCAUCAUCUCGUCCUCCUCCACCCGCGUCAACGCCGCAGUCAAAACUCCACAUUCCCACUCCCACCAUGCCGGCCGCCCGGCUGGCCGCGCCGGCCGCCGUCCUCCUCGUCCUCCUGCACCUCGCCGCGACGGCCACGGCGACCAACUUCACCUGCAGCGCGCCGCGGGGCACCACCUGCGACUCCGCCAUCGGCUACCGCGUGCCCAACGCCACCACCUACGGGGACCUCCUCGCCCGCUUCAACACCACCACCCUCGCCGGCCUCCUCGGCGCCAACGGCCACCCGCUCGCCACCUCCCCCAAGACGCGCGUCGCCGCCCAGGCCACCGUCCGCAUCCCCUUCCGCUGCCUCUGCGCCGGCAACGGCGUCGGCCAGUCGGACCACAAGCCCGUCUACACCGUGCAGCCGCAGGACGGGCUGGACGCCAUCGCCCGCAACUCCUUCGACGCCCUCGUCACCUACCAGGAGAUCGCCACCGCCAACAAGAUCGCCGACGUCAACCUCAUUACUAUCGGCCAGAAGCUCUGGAUCCCGCUGCCCUGCAGCUGCGACCCCGUGGACGGCGCCGCCGUCUUCCACCUCGCCCACAUCGUCGGCGGCGGGGAGAGCACCUCCGGCAUCGCCGCCACCUUCGGCGUCACCGAGGACACGCUGCUCAAGCUCAACAAGAUCGCCGACCCCAAGACACUGCAGAAGGACCAGGUUCUUGAUGUCCCGCUCCCUGUUUGCAGCUCAUCAAUCAGCAACAGCUCGGCCGAUCAUGAUCUGCGCAUCCCGAACGGCACCUACGCGCUCACCGCGCAGGACUGCAUCCAGUGCCGCUGCAGUUCAAACACCUUCCAGCUAAACUGCACCGCCCUGCAAGGCAAGAAGGGGUGCCCGGCAGUGCCGGUGUGCAGCGGAGGGCUCAAGCUUGGGGACACAAGCGGCACCGGUUGCGAAUCCAAGAUGUGCGCUUACAGUGGUUAUUCCAACAGCUCUUCACUCAGCAUACAGACCACUCCUCUCAAAAACCAGACAGCACCAGCAUGCGAGAAAGGAGGAUCUUCGAGGUCGGUGUUCGCGGGGUCCAUGUGGAGGAUAUCUGCCAUCUCCUUCCACAUGGUGUUGAUAUUGGUAUGCUUCCUUUGAUACCGAAGAUGCCAACUCUAGCUGGUAUAUAUAUCUUGAAAAAAGGACUCACGAUAGUACAUCAAUUUGUCGAUCGAUGUGAUUGUUGUUGUAACUUGAAAUUCCGAUGACCGGUUUGUUGAGCUUUUUGUUUUUGACUAUUCUUCUAGAGAAUGAGUGGCGCUAGCUGCCUGAAUAAAGCAAUCAUAUGUGUAAGGUUUGCAUCUGGAAGUGAAUUGUACUCAUUAGAUUGGGUAAUUGCAAUAAAACGUUACAAGAGUAAACAACUUCAGAA